UGGGCAGUCUCCGCCUUGCCUGGGCUGGUUUAAGGGACUUGCAUUUCCCUGCGCUGCCAUAGCAACCGGGAAACAACCUCCGCUGCAGAGAGAAGGAUGGUGUUGUAGGUGUGCAGGUAACAGAGCAACCGGACCAGGCACAACAAGGGCACAGGCAGAGGGGAGGGAGCGGUUGCCCAGAGAGCAGACAAUCCGGGGCUUGAGGAGUUUGGGUUUGCAAUUUAUUUUUUCUGCCGACAAAGACGCACACUGUCUGAGCUGUGUGGCCGGUUGUUCCUAAGAAGCCGCUGUAUGAGGGGGAAAUGCCCUUCAUAAAAGGCCCAGUGUUUGUGGUCUUCUCGGGCUCCCUGCUGCGCUCGGGAAACCUUGAGGUGUGACCAGCUUUCAGCCUUCAAACCCAAGAUGAACUGCCCUUGAGAAGGGUGGUCAGAGGGAAAACAUGCUCCCACUCUCUCCCCUGAGCCGGGGACAUGGCAAGUGGGUCCAGAACAAACAGAAGGUAGAAGUCUAUUUUGAACCAGAGGAUUACUUGAACUGGAAGUCUCCAGAAGAUUAUGCCCUGGUCUGCAAACCGCAGGAGAAGGGCGACCCCACCCAGCACACAUGGAGCCUCUCACUCCCUAAAACUUUCAGCACCAGAAAGGGUGUCCUGAUCCUCUACUCAGAAGGUUUAGCCCUGUCAGCAUGGACGCCCGGAGAGAGGAGAAAAGGCCACAGGAAAAGGCUGGGUCCUAAGUGGCACCCCUUUCGGGACCUCAGAGAAGCCAUCCUGGCUCAGGAAAGGAGACAGGACACAUCGAUAGAGAACCACCAUCGUCUGCAGGUUUCAAAGGAAAACCACAAUGAAAAAACACUGCAAACCUCCAGGAGGGCCUCUGGGCACGCCCACAUUGAUCACGCUUGGCUCAUGAGUGACAAACCCAUUACAUCCUAUGGCAACUCCUUCCCCAAUAGGAAUGCAGAUCUCAGCGACAAACAAGGGAACAUGAAACUCCACACGGGCGGCGGCAGCCACUGGUCACAGGAGCCUCCUGCUGAAAGAUGCCUUUUCCCUCCUGUGGCCUCUGCCACUGACUCAGAAAAACACACACCUGGGGACAGGAAGAAGAAAAAGGCUUCAAAGACCUCGAAAUUACCUCCCAUCUCCCAAGAGCCACCGGGAGUCCGGGACCCCCUGCAGGACCGAUCUAAAGGCAGAGCGCCCCCAGCCGAGCUCCUCGUCUUCCCAGGGGAGAUUCAUUUCCACACCCGGCACCCCGCAAAGGAGAAAGUGCCCCAAGGAGGUGCUGCGCCUGCUGAGUCAGGACCAGAAACAGAGGAGCCCAGUCCUCCCCGGAGGCCUCCCCUGAAGCACGCGUCCUCGGAAAGGCCGGCGGAGUUAACGGCGGGUCUCCCGGUGGACGUGGACAGGGCCACGCUCUCGCCUCAAGAUGGAGGUGCCGCGGCACAGAAGGUGACCCCACCGCCAUCCCCAAUGGAGGGAAGAAAGAGUCCAGAGGGCCAGAGGCGCCCGGACGGCCUGAGGACGGCAGCCCAUCGCAGCCCCGCCGGCCCCAGGGGAGCACUGCCAGCAGAAGGACCAGAAUUUCCAAUUCACACUGGUUCUUGUCCUAAAUGGAUUUUCACCUCCAGAACAUGUCCUGUUUUCAGUAACUUACGACCUACAUCUGACAACUUUGAUUCUUUUCUAAUUUCUACCACAGCAAACACUGAAUCCGGAAUCGACCUUCACAUGGUCUUUAAUGAAACCUCACCUUUGACUCAAAAGCCAGAGAAGCAGGCCGCCCCGCAGACCUCGGAGGCAGCAGCUCAGAAGGCAGGAGAGCCUCAAAGUUGUAUAAAUAAAGGGCUGAUCCGUUCAAACAGAAAGGAAUUUUACACGCGCAAGCUGCACAUCGACAUGACACCGUUCCUGAAGGAAAGUGAAGGCGAACGGGACUGUCGUGAAGAAGCAGGAGGACCCCUCAGAGGAGACCAUCCGGACACCCAAGACCCAGAGCCAAGGAAAGUGACCCUGGACCCUCUCAGUGCUGAAAACAUCCAGAGGCCUAAGGCAGACACUGUCCAAAAGGCGGGCAGAGAUUAUGACGCAUUCCAUCUACACAGAAGACUCAAAGAACCUGGGCCUGAGUCCCCAGAGGGCCUGGAUCCUGUUGACACACCUCUUCUUCCAAAAGAGAAAGAAGGGAAGACUAGACCAAGGUUGUCCAAGCAGCAAACACCAUCCAGCACCAGUCGUGAGGAGAUGGAGUUGACUGACAACGUCAAGAGAAAGAAAAGAACUAAGACAGACAAGUCUAAGGGGCCCCCCAGGGAGAGAGAAGGAAAGGUCCACAGAGGAAGAAAGGCUGUUGUUGGAAAGUCAAAGGACUCAAAGGCCAAGAAGAAACCAGAGCUAAUUCCCAAAGGAAAACAAUCAGGAGUCAAGAGGACUAGGACACGGAAGGAAAGAAGCCGGGAAACAGCAGCAGAGCUGAGUGGGUCUGAAGUCUUCAGCUCUUGGGGAACAGAAGAAGGCGGUUCCCUUCCUUCGAGCCCUGAUGCAGAGGAGCCGUGGCUUUCUCCCGGAGCUGACGCUCAGGAGAGCCAGGUUUCAAUAGAUGCAAGACGAUCCCCGCCCACGCCGACUGUGGCUGUCACGGGAAACACGGAAUCCGAAGUGGACAGAAGCCCUGCGGAUCCUCCGAAGGCUCUCCUGGCCAAGAGGGAGCAGGAGAGAGCUCUCUGGGACAGGCAGCGAGCGGAAAAGGCCGAGAUGAGACGGCUGGAGGUGGAGAGGAAGAGGAGGGAGCAGGAGGAGCAGAGGCGACUCCGGCAGGAGCAGCUGGAGAGGGCCGAGAAGAUGAAGGAGGAGCUGGAGCUGGAGCAGCGACGCCACGCGGAGGAGAUCCGCUUGAAGAAACAGAAGCAAGAGGAAGAGCGGCAGCGGCAGGAGGAGAAGGAGAGACAGCAGUGGCUCCAGCGGCAGGCGGCCCAGGAGAGGGCCCGGCAGCUGCAGGAGGAGUUGCAGCAGAGGCUGCAGGCGCUGCAGAGGAAGCAGCAGCAGGAAGAAGCCGUGCGCGCUGAGGCAGAGAAGCAAAGGCAGCAGGAACUGGAAAUGAGGCUGGCUGAGGAACACAGACGCCUGAUGGAAAUGGCUGAAGAAGAGCGGCUGGAGUACCAACGGCAGAAACAGGAGGCAGAAGAGAAGGCUCGGCUGGAAGCAGAGGAGAGGAGGCAACAGGAAGAGGAAGCAGCCAGGCUGGCUCUGGAGAAAGCCAUGACACAAGCCCAGGAACGAGCCAGGCAAAAGUCUGCUUUGAGGAAACAUCUUCGUUUCUAUCAAGAACUCCACAUGGAAGCCAAUGGCCUGCAGUGGGCACACAACAUUUCCAGACCAUGGGUCUACUCUUACUUCCAGUUCCUACAAAUACCCAGAUCUUAAGGCUAGAAGAAAACUAAAAUGUAAGUUGGGAGGUGAUAAGAGAGAGAAAUUUCCUUCUAUAAUGAUGUUCCUUAUUGAGCCCAGUUAGUUCCAUCUCCUCUUGUCCACCUCAACCCACACCUAACUUCAUUCCAUUCCCAACAAUCCUCCCUGCCACGAAUACACUACUCAACCGAGUUAAAACUCUUCACUCAUCCAAAUCCUUUUUCCUCUCUAGCAUCACCAUCAAUUCAAUUCAGAAGCUUUGGUGCCUAAAAUUGACCCAAAAUUUCAUAACUUGUUUGAAUUUCAGUAAAUUUCAUUUAGUAAGGCACUAACAUAAUCUUAGGCUAGUCCAUUUUCAUUAAUGUGUCUGAAAGAGUUGCAAGUAAAUGGAAAUUUUAUAAUGCAAAUUAUGAUUUUGCUAAGAGGAGCUCAUUCAUAUAGUAAGAAUUUUUUUAUAUUGUCUUUAUAAAGCAAAACCACAUCCAGUUCAUCCUAAGAAUCUAAAAGCUAAUGUCUAUAACAGGAUGAUCAAUUGAUAAAUGUUCAUUUGAGCAGUUUGAGCUGUUUUGUGAGAAUAAUCUCACUCCCUCAAAAUAUAGAUUCUAGAACUGCACUGUCCAAUAAGCCAUAUGUCACUAUUUAAAUGCAAGUUAGAACAAAUCAAACACAUAAUUGUUCCAUUUUUUUUAAAUCACACUAUCAGUUUCUAGGAUUAAUUAUGGAAUGGUUAUUAAAGGCAAUGAGAGCCUCAGCAAAGAUCUACAAAAGGAUACCAAAGCAUUAUCUGAACCUGAACUUUCCCACAAAUUUCCUUUGCCCUAUGCUAAACUUCAUGUCCACAGCUGAAAAACUUAAGUUUUUGCAGGUGAUUUCCUCAAAUUUCCCACUAAUGCCUGUAAGGUACUUGCUUUCUACAGGAACUGCAUUUCUACAAUCCAGAAGUCAAGCAUAAUUUUGAUUCUGUACUGCUGUGUUAUUGAACUUAUUAGACUUGAUGCUUAUUUAAUUAGCAAUAAAAUGACCCAAACAUUGGCUAUUAGUCAUAG